GUUUUCGCAAGUCUAAUGAUUUGUUCGAAAAAAAAUUUUUCCGGUUAUUUAAACUUGGAGUUUUACCUUUUCCCUCUCUAUUGUUGUGUUUUCAUUGGUUUCUUGUUUACCCGGUUGUUUACCAUCUCACUUGGCCCGCUCUCUUUUUGGCUCCUCUUUUUCUCUCUCACUCUCUCGUGUUGAUAUUGGUGUUUAUUUAUUGUUCUUUUUUAUUAAUAUCGAGAAAUUCAACUUUAAUUGUUCUACUCUACUGAAAUAAUAGACUGAUUUCUCUUUCAUUUGAGCUUAUUUCUUCUUUUGUAAUUUCUUCCUUUCUCAUCGUCCUUUACACAUCUCCCUCUCUUUUAUCUCUCUCAUUCCCUCUUUCUCUCUCUCUAUCCUUAUCUCCCUCUCUUUGUUUUUGUUUUAGCGCUCUCUUCACUUCUCAUAUUUUUGGUAACUUCAUCUUCCAUUUCUCUCCAUCAUCACAAUCACCACCAUCAACUGAGAAUCAGUAUUUUCUUUCUCUAGUAUUUAUUUUUUUUCCAAUUCGUUUUUUAUACUCUGUGAUUUCCAUUUUUCUCUUAAGUAUUUUACUCUUCACGUCGAUCUUUUCCAUUCUUUUUUGUUCACUUAAUUCUGUCUGGUUGAAUAUAACAAUGAUAUCAAAUUCUUCUCCACCAAGAACAACACCAUUAACACCGCUUAACAAUUCACCUUUUAGUCGAGGAUCCAGAGCUGUUCAUCAAGGUCAGAAGAAAGCCAAAGCUUAUAAUAUCAGUAUUGCUGCAACUGAUUUUGAAAUCAUGUCUGGUCUAUCAAAAGAUGGAGGUAACGAUAUAAACAAUGGAAAAAUAAUCAGAUCCCCAGGUGAGACUUCACCAAAUCAAGUCUGUGAUCCCUUAACCCCAAUAUCGAAAGGAAUUUUGAAACGAAAAAGAGAAGAUGAACUGGAAAUUGAUGAUGGAAAUGGAGCUACUUCUAAUAAAAAGAAAGUUAUUUUCGCUAAUCCAAUUUCGGCAACAAAACUCAUAGAGUCGAGGAAAAAUAUCAAUCCAAAAACAAAUAGGAAACGUCGCCUUCGAUAUGAAGAUCAAUCUGAAGGUUCAGAAAGUGCUCUAAAUGAGCAACAAUCACAAUCCGAGCCUGAAACUGUUGUGAAUAAUAAUCAAGGUGAACCUGUAACCACCAAUUCCAUUGUUGAGCCUGUUGAUAUAAUCGUUAAUAAUCUUGAUACAGAAAAUAGUGAUCCUGUUGUAGAAAGUACAAUUGCUAAACAGGCCAAACUGGAUGGAAGAAAUCGUAAAUCUGUGAAAAUUGUUAUCAACCCGCCAAAUGAUCGUGAUAAUGUUAAUUCGUCAAAAGAUUCUAUUAACAAUAAUAAUCAAUUACCAAUAGAAUCAAAUGUUAAUUUAGACUCAUCAGAGAAAAUCAGUGAACAUUCCAAUAAUUCUAAUACUAAAGAAAAUGGUGGAAAUGAAAAUAGUGAUGAUGUUUUCAGCGAAAUUGAAUCUUUACUUAAAGUAAUUGAAUCACCAUGUGCUAACAAAUCAAGUUCAUCUUCAAACCGAAUUGACCCUGGGGUAGUUGAUGAUGUAAUCAAAGAAAAUCAAAUUGAAGAGAAUAACAAUAUUGAAGCUUUACUAAUUGAAAAUAAUACUAAGUCUAACAAUUUGGAUGAUAAAGUAGAAUCUGAAUCUGAUUUAUGUCCAAUUGUUUCUCCGAAUCAACAACAACCAAAUUUGAUUGAACAAACAACCGAUCUAAAUGAACCAUCGCCAUCGCCAUCACCACCAACAUCAACAUCUACCGAACAAAUUUUUACAACGGAGAUCGAAGAGAUUGAAGAAACAGCAAUGGAAGUGGAAGAAUCAAUUGAACCCGCUAGUAAACCUCUUCUAGAAUCGUGGGUCAAUGCUAAGAAAAGUGUCGAUCUUUUCAUUCAAAGCUAUUGUAAUAUGUUGACAAGUAAAAUGCGAAACUGGCUUAGUGUUAAAGGAAUCAAUACAAUUGGUGACUUUGCCAAUCUCGUUGGAACUUCAAGUAAUCGUUUAACUGAAUCGCCGAUUUGCCCACUAAAUGAGGAGACUAUACUUUCCACUUUCCAAUUUAUGAUUGAUCAACAACUGAACAUGGAAUCAGAUUCAGUAGAAUUAGAUGAAAAUAUUAAAGAUUCGGAAACAAUUAGCAAGAUUAAUGAAUUGGAUUCGAUUUCGGUUAAUGGUAUUUCUAAAACCAAACUCGAUAUGAAAAAGUUUUCGACCUUGAAAGUGGUUAUGCCAAUUUUACCAUUGGAACUUUCGUCGAAAAUUAAUAACAAUAGUCCCGAUACUCCUUCUUCAGGUGAAUAUUUCGAUGCUCAUGAAAAUAUCACUCUCUUAAAUCCUGUAGAUGAAUUGGAUUGCUCAGGAACAACAAUUGAGCUAUCAUCGGAUGAGGAAUCGAGUGAAAUACCUGUAAAAAUGAAUGAAAAGUUAACCAAAUCCUCGAGUAAAGAUGAACCCAAGAAAAGUUCAGAUGAGAAAAUUUCUCUGGAGAAAAAAGAAAAUGAAAUGAUUCCAAAAAAGACAAUCAAUAGUAAAGGAAUUACGAGUAAUAAAGAGACUCCCAGUAAAUCAAUUUCUAAAAAUGAUGUUACAAUUAGUGGAAAGAAAAAGGUUCAAUCAAAGCACGAAGAUUCCACAAAAAAAGAUACUCUCAUGAAAGAAUCAGCUAAUGAAGAUUUAUCCAUGAAAAAUUUACCUGUUGAAGAACCAAAGAAUCAUGGAAAUGAUUUCCUAUCAACUUUAACCACCAAAUCGAGUGAAUUUAGAUCCAAAAAGGACGAAUCGAGAGUGAAGAGUAAACCUCGAAUCGAUCCUACUAAAAUUGUCCCCAGAGCAGCAAUUGUGAUAAAGAGAUUAACUAAUGAUGAGAUCAUAGAACUUUCCAAGCCAAAGAUUAUAAAUAAUUCAGUUGAAAAUUCUGAGAUCGGAUUAACUGAAGAUAAAGGUGAUAAUCAAACGACUGAAUCAAUAUCGGAAAAUAAAACAAUCGAAGAUAAAUCGCCCAAAGUUCAGGAACCACAAUUACCUCCUCCAUUAUCAAAAGAUGAUAAAGUAAAAGGUUUUCUAAAUGUCCAAGAUGACCUUUCGAAAUCAGUACAAAGUCCGUCACGAAAAUUGAGACGAAAGCGCGAUUCUGAACUCUCAUCAAUUCCACUGCCCAAAAUUACAACUCGAACGAGGAGACGAACUGUGGGUGUCAAAUUUGAUUGAUUAAAUCACUUUAAUCGUCAUUAAGUGUCCAUGACCAUUACAAUUGUCACCAAAUCCCAAAGUAAUAGGAGAUGUUGAUAAUGAGAAAUCAUCAUUAUCAAGUAUUAUAAUAAAUUGCAUCAAUUAAACUGUUUAAAUCAUUACUAAAUUGUUAUAUGCAUGUAAAUUGGUGACUUUAUGUCAAAUGAUAAAACAGCAUUUUCAUCAACACAAUUAACUAAAUAAUCAAUUGGUGAAAAUGGGAUUGACAAAAUUGAAUUUGUAUAAUCCAUUGAAUCUGGUCGUCUAAUCAUCUGAUCAUCAACAAUUAUUGGGCAAAUUAUUACGAUUAUCUGAUUUAAAGGAAGAAAACGUAAAAAAAAAGUUGUAAUUAUCAUCAUGUUCAAAUAAUUAACUGUUAAGUUGAUUCUUCUCGAUUAAUUAAUCAACUUGACAAUCAACCAAACAACAACAAGCCAUCAAAUUGUCCAACGUGUCUUUCAUCAUAAGUGCCUUUAUAAAUAAGAGAAAAACAAAAUAAGAACAAAAUAUUUUGUUAAUUAUCGUUAAUCAUCAUUUUUUAAUCAUCAUCAAAAGUCAUCUUGUUAAUUUUGUUGUAUAAAAAAAAAAGAUCAGCCCAAAACCCGUUACCCGAAAUAAGAUCAAGCCUGAAAAUAAAACAAAAAACUAAAGUAAAA